AUGAAGGUGUUGUUUGACUACCAAGAGAUUCUUGAAGUGAUCAAGAACAAAGUGAACCAUCUUGUUGAAGAUAAUUUCGAGAAAGUUGGUAAUUCUGAAUCACCGAAGCAAGUGUGGGAAAACUUGGAAAAGGCAUACGUAGAGGCUGACAAGGCGAAGUUUGUGAGGUUACAAACUCACAAACUUCAACCUGAUUUGUUUCAAAUUGAGGACAAGAAGACCAUCAACGAUUUUACAACGAGAAUUACUCGGUUGGUGAACCAGGUAGAAGAAAAUGCAAUGGUGACUUUAAAAGAAAUAGUGCAGUUCAACGAUCAAUGGUAUUUAGACUCUAGAAGUUCAACACAUAUAAUAUGGAGAAAAGGUUGGUUUGUUACACUCAAUUGUGCCAUUAAGAACAAAGUGAAGUUCGCGAUUGAUACCACUCUAGCGGCGGAAGGGAUCAGUGAUGUAUCGAUCGGAAGAAGGGAUGGUAGACAUUCUUUGAUAAAGGAUGUGUUGCAUAUUCCCAUAAUCAAGUGUGACUUUCCAAGUAUUGACCAAUUACUUGAGUAG